AAUGUUACGACUUGAAUCAAAGAAACCAUCCCUGUGUGACUCAAAUCCUGUCAACAGAAAUACUAUUAGCCGUCCCUUAGCUCAGCUUAAUGAACUUGCAAAGUCUUGUUAUGGGCCAUCUGGUAGGCUUAAGCAAGUCCAUAAUGGUGUGGGAGGUUGUAUUUGCACCACUUCAGAAUCUAAUGCUCUGCUAAGUAAAAUUCCAUUCUCCCACUCAAUACUUAAACUGCUUUCAUCAUGUGUUCUGAAUCAUACUUCGAGAUUCAGUGACUGUGGUCUAUUCACUACUAUUUUCUGCUGCAGCUUGAUAGAAAAUUUGCUGAAAACCAAUUCUGUACCCAGUAAUUGUGGUAAAAUAUUUACCCAUUUUUUAAAUACAUGUCUUGACUAUUUAAAUGCAGACUACUGCAGAUGCAAACUUAAAGUAGAUUUUGGUAGCAGUAAAACUUUACUAGCCAUCCUUCGCUCAGUUAUCACUAGUAAGCCUGCCUGCAUGCUUACAAUUAAGGAAGCAGACCAUAUUACUGCAGUGGUUUUAAGGGCAUUCUUACUUACAAUUCCAGAUGACACUGAAAAAAGUACAUCUCUGGGAAGAAUGAUAGUUAUCCCACUAGAGGGACAGCAACUUGUGGAUUCAGCAGUUUUUAAUGGCUUGUUAGUAGAACUGCCAAAGUGUCAGGAUCAUAAACAGUUUAGUGCUGUACGAGUACCUUCAGGUUAUGUUAAGGUGGCACUGUUUGGAAUCUCCAUGGCAGGAGAGUUGUCAGAUGUUGGAGAUGGAACUUUGGAGGUCAUAUGUGAUGUGCACCCUGAAAAAGCUACCCUGGAUCAGUUGCUUGUCAUGGCACGGCAACUAGUUAAUGACAAGGUAGGUCUUGUCAUGUGCCAGAAGGUCAUUCAUCCAGCUUUUAAACAGUAUCUGCAAGGAUGUCAUGUGAUAGUUAUUGACAGAAUUGGGGUUGCCCUCAUGGAUCCUUUGGUGCAAGUGACAGGUGCCUCAGCCAUAGGAUCCUUUCAGAACUGCAUCCCCAGUACUUGUUAUGGCAUGUUGAUGGAUGUUUGCUGUCUGAAAUUUGGCUCAAAGCAGUUUCUCCAUUUGAUCCCUUGCAGUGGUACUGUAUCUACUUUGGUGUUGUGCAGUCGAAAUGAGACUUCUCUGAAUGAAUUGAAGCGUGUGUGCCACACAGCAGAACAUGUGCUACAGCUGACCCUCAGGCAGCCUCUGGCAUUAUUAGGAGGAGGUUGCACAGAAACUCACUUGGCAUCAUAUAUCAGACAUCAGAGUACAAGUGUAAGUGACUGCACACUGUCAGUCCUUGACUGCUCUCGUUUUGAAUACCAGAUUAUGGCUGACACCUUUUGUCAUUCAUUGGAUUCUGUUGCACGUGCACUUGACCAUGAUGGCAGUGAAGUUCUUAUUGAUGAUCAGUAUGGGCAUUGCUGGAUGGCUCAACCUCACCCUUCUCCAUAUUCUGACUGGAUUGAUAUGAUUUCACGGUGUGGCUGUGGAAUGCACAAAAAACAAGAAAAUAUGAAUUUCAAAGUUCUUGGAAAGAACAAUCAUAUAGUAGCAUUUGAAGGCUGCAGUAACCAAACACAUGCAAACACGGAGAGUUUUGUUUUGGACUGUUUUGCUGGGAAAUGUAAUGCUUUACAAGUUGCUGUAGAGACAGCAAAUCUUAUUUUGGAACUGAAAUAUGUCAUAAAGGAUCCGAAUUAAAAGCAUCCCAAAAUCAGCUUGUGGAAUUGAAGAUACAUCACUGAAUCGGUUUUGGUCUUGAAAAUGAUUUUACCCAUAUUUAUGUACAGCCUACCACUUAUACUAUGUUAUCAAAUCUACUAGUUGUAUAUUUUGUUACUGUUAACUGUUUAAAAAAGAUACAUCUCUUGUCAGAAAUUAGAUGUUUAUUUUCCUGUUCAUCACUAGUCUUGCCCUUGUGCUCUGAUAGCUAAUGGAAGUGCACAUGGGUUGUGUUUCUUUGGAAUAUUUGUUUUUUUUUUUUUCAUUUUCAUCGUCUUAUUUUUAAGUACUGCAAAGGAAGUGUGUACCAGAGAUCAGUUAACAAGACUGUUGUUAAAUGAACACUGAAGUACUGUAUUUUUUGUGUCCCUGCCUUCAUCAAAAUUUAUAAAGAAGACACAAAGUCAUGUUACAGCCAUUAAAGUGAAGCAUGCCUUAACAUUCAGUCAGUAGACAGUGAAUCACAGUUAUGUGUUCUUGGACAGUAAAGAUGUUUAUUGACCAAA